AUGCACCCUGAGCGCAACGCUGGGCGUAGGCGGGCAAGGGUGAAAAAUCUCACACGCCUCAUCGAUCAGUCACCCCCAAACACUGUUUUAUACUCCGACGCCGCUAGACACCGCUUCCGCGAUUUCACAGUCGGAGCAGUGGUGAACAAUGACCACGACAUAGUAGCCUCAAUUAGCGUACCUAGCAAGAAAGUAUCUGAGGGCGAAGAGUGCGCCGUCGCUCUGGCGAUUGCCCACGCUGCUGUAAACCUUCCUCAUGCAGAUGUUAUUCUAAUUAUUACGGAUUCACAGGACGCCUGUCGAGCCUUCACACGUGGUAUCGUCUCACAACACACACACCGCAUUUUGAACACUGCAUUCCACACACCACACAGGUUCCGACUUGUCUGGACCCCUGGGCACGCCUCUCUCCCCGGUCAUGACUGCGCACAUGCAGCUACCCGAGCGCUAACUAACCGGGAACCGGAGGAAGAGCUGUCCAACCCAGAUGAGCGGGACGCGAACACGGAACUUCUAGGAUAUCGAGACACUCUGGAUUACUAUAGGCGAGAACGCCUACGGUACCCUCCACCACACCAUACGCUGACCCGAGAAGAUGCGACCGCGAUGCGGCAACUGCAGGCCAACACUUUCCCCAACCUACACUUCCUCCACAUCCUCCAUCCAACUUCCUACCCUGACAAAUGCCCUGGCUGCGGUGCGGUACCGACGUUAUUUCACCUAACGCUGGAAUGUCAGCGUCCACCAGCCAGGCGCUCUCCCAUCUCCUCUCCUAUUCCAACCCUGCAAGACUGGGAGGCCAUGCUGCGUGACGGAAGCCCGAGCGGCCAGCGGGCGUUGGUCCGUCGGGCACGAGACGCGGCAGCGGCUGUUGGCGCUCUGGACUGA